AUGGACGAUUUCUUCAUUAUCUGGAAAAAAGACCUGGUUACGAAGAUUUACACUACAAAUUCAUGGUGUUAUACCAAGUUGGGAAUUCCAAAAAUCGGAUGUGAUCUGGAUAAGUUGGACUGUCGCAACGUGCGCAAUAAGUUGGAGGUGGUAUUCCAGCUCACGUGUCUUAGUCCAAGGUCCGCCUACUUCUACGAAUUUCCGCCUAAUGAUCAAAAUUAUUCAAAUACAAACAAAAAGAAAACGACCUUCUCGAGGUUUCUGCGCGGAUUAAAAACGUCUCAUCGAAAAGAAAAACAUGGAAGCAGCUCCCCACGACACGGAAGAGCCGCAUCACGGGGUGUUCCGCAAAGAGUAGAUACCCCAGAUAGCGUUCUUCAAAGUGGUUUAGGGCUAACAGAUUUAGGUCAACACGCCGUCCUACGUUCAAUGGUUGAUCCCCGGGAUUAUGAUCGGCUUAAGUAUUUUCAAAUGAACGGUGGUGCUCCGAACACGUUCGAAGAGACAAUCCAUAGGUUAAAAUUGCAAGAAGCUUUAAAGAAACGGGAAAAGAUAACAAAAGAACAUGAAGAGAUUUUACGAGACAUUCGGGAAGGGCUUUUACAGCUUGGAAAAGAAGGAUAUCGGGGUCCCUUGACGUGUGAUGACACUUAUAUGUAUGAUGAAGACGUACGUGUGAUGGCACCAACAGCCCACGGACACGAUCGGGGGCACUGGUAUGACGAACCACCCUACGAAAGUGACCCUGAAGAUUUUUUAAUGGGAAGUAGUCCAGGUCCUACGGCUACAAUACAAAACGGCAGAGUCUGCUUUACUCUCAAUCAAAGGCAGGAAUCUCGAGGGGAAGGCGUAAUCUCACUUAGAACUGCAGGAGAUAUAUCUCUACCUAGAGAUAUUCCCUGCGCAUCAACUCCCAGGGGCGCACCUAGACGAGGGCUUAUUUUACCACAGGCUGGACAUCCCCCCACCAUUAUACCUUUAACACACUCAAGGUCGGCAAGGGACAGAGAGAGUGGCGACUACGCCGGUUCCGACAUCCAAAGUAUUAGCUCGCGACUAUCGACACUAUCAGUUGACACUAGUCGAUCUGAUCAGCCCGACUUUCAUGAUAAUAAAACGCGCCAAUACAGAAAAUUACACAACUACAGAAACGAGGAGUGUCUUUCACCUAGUCAAAGUUCGGAUUAUGAAGACCAGGAUGAUUUUGAAAAUUGUAGUCAGCAAAUUGGCACCGUUCACGUGUCGAGUGAUGGCCGUUCUACUGGUGUUUGCACCUUAGUGGGUAAAGUGCGAGGCCUCCGACACGACGUGCAACGAAAAAUCUCCAAAUUAAGAAACGAAUCAUUGGUAGAACAAGAAAAGCGGGCAGAUCAAGCGUUCCCAUGCUCUGCUAGUUCAAUAGAAAGCUUGCCAAGUGGAUCUGGAUCUAGCACUCAAGCUUUAGUUAGAGUAGGUAGCAACCAUAGUUCUAUAUCUGUCGAAGAUGUUGAUUCAAGUCCAGCUGAUCCACAAAUUAUUGGCCGUGCCAGAGCAUUGGUAGAGUACACUCCUAGUCCUUACGAUAAAGAUGCACUGAAAUUCAAGAAGGGUGACAUUAUUGAUAUUUUAUCAAUGAAUGCCAGUGGACAAUGGAAGGGAAUUUGCCAUGGCAAGAAAGGCACGUUUAAAUUUAUCAACGUAGAACUGUUAUCGGAGCGGGCGAUUCGAAACAAGAAGGAAAUGAAAUGGCACCGCAACAUUGUAGGGAAACCAACAUCUGUUGAAGAAUUGCUACGUACAAUAAACAUGCAGGAGCAUAUAUCUGUAUUUGUGUUGAACGGCUAUGAGGAUUUAGAAUUGUUUAAGGAAAUUGAACCAUCUGACUUAGACUAUUUAGGAAUUAUCAAUUCUGAACACAGAGCAAAAAUACUAACAGCUGUACAAUUUUUGCACGAUCUUGACUCGGGUAGCGAAGGAGACGUAGCGGGCUCCAGUAGCGAAGGUGACGAGCAUAACAAAUGUAGAAUAAUGAACGUGGGCGGCACAUGUUCACCGUUUGAACGUCGUCAAUUUCCGAGAGACUCCGGCUGUUACGAUGCAUCACUUAAAAGCUCAACAAAAGUGCAUCACAUAUCUCCUCAAGACGAAUCAGACACCAGUGAUAAUAAUGGAUUUUGUGAUACAACAAAUAAUUUAGAUUCAGUAGUAGAACAAUGCAACAAUGAAAUUUUAGCGAGGGUACGACAAGCUCAAAAGAAUGUCAUAAAUUUGAAAGAAGAGGCCCCAUACCAACCAAAUAUUACUAACCUGCCUAAUUCCUCUAGCGCAGAUAAAAUUCAGCAAAAGGCAAAAGAUACUUAUGUAGGUAUUCAUGGCCAAACAACUUUAAUAGAUCCCUGUCGAAGAAACUUACUAAAUCGAGGAAGCUACAGAAAAAACACGAACAUAGAAGAUUCUUGUGAAGCUGAUCAGAAAUUAACGACAGUUAAGUACGUUGUCGGUGCAAAUAAUGAACUAUCUCUAGGAGAAGGUGGCAAUACUGGUAAUAUGGCUGGUAGAGGGGGUUGCCUAAGCGAAAAGUCUAGUGAUUCUGGUGUGAGUAGUAGUUCUCUAUCUUCGGCAAAUCACAAAGAUGGCCGGCAACCAACUCUCAGCCAAAAUGAAAACUUGAUACGAGGAGUAAACAAUUUUUCUAGCUGUGCCAAUCGAACAACGUCCAAUGCUGCCAAAUAAUCAAAUUGAUCUUGCAAUCGGUGUCCUAAUUUCUUUUCUAAUACGAAUUUGUACAAUUUUAAUAAAUUUUACACUUCCGACAUUUUUGUAUAGGGUUUUUUCUUAUUUAUUUGUAUAUUUCUAGUUAGCUAAUAGGUGUAAAAUAAAAUGUUUGUAUAAAGAAGUAAUUUAUUAAAAUACUGUUGUUAAAUAAACGUGAUAGCAACUGAAAUGAUAAAAACAGAUUUUUAUCUAUGUUGUAGGAGAUAUGUACAUAUAUAGUAAGGUAACAAAUUUUGUAAAUAUUAUUUAUUAUGAAGAGCUAGUCUCCUUGACAUACUAUACAUUUCCAUAGUGAAAAUCAAUAAAUAAUUAGAUUUUUUUAUUAACAAUUGACUGAUUUUGAAUUUUUCAAUGUAGUAUAAAGCAUAUCAACUGUUGUACAUGUUUCAUGUAAUCAGAAUUUGUAACAUGUAUGUCAGUCAAUGAUGGAGACCUUUAUUAAUAAAACACAAAGAACUUCAA